AAGAUUAUCUUAAUUGGUAUUCUGGUGUGGUUUGUCCAGAAAUGUCACAGAAGGUCCUAAUUGCUUGGAACGCUAGGACUCCGAUUAAUGAUUUCCUUGUAAUAUUCUGCAGGAGGAUCAGGCAAGGCCUGGCCAAGGACCACGUCCUGCUGGAGCUGCUGGACCUGGACCUGCUCCUGCUCCUGCUCCUGCUCCUGCUCCUGCUCGAUCAUGAUCCAAGGGGAAUAAGAAUUGGUUGAUUUCUUUGCGGAAGUAUGGAUCAGAGCCGGAGAGCGGUGGAAGCUUAUUGGAGAUCUCGCAUGGUUGAUGGGGUGACUUCGGACGAAGAUAAGGUUGCUCCUGUGUAUAAAUUGGAGGAAAUCUGUGAUCUUUUGCGUACUUCUCCGGUGGGCAUUGUGAAGGAGGUGUCAGAUUAUAUCUUCAAACGUCUUGAUCACAAAAGCCCAAUUGUGAAGCAAAAGGCACUUCGGUUGAUCAAGUAUGCAGUGGGAAAAUCUGGAAAUGAGUUCAGGAGGGAAAUGCAAAGGCACUCAACUGUGAUUCGUCAACUGUUCCAUUAUAAAGGUGAAUUGGACCCGCUGAAAGCAGAUGCCCUUAAUAAGGCUGUUCGUGAAACUGCUCAUGAGGCUGUUGCUGCUGUCUUUGCUUCUGAUGAAAACAAGUCAGUAACACCGGUGGAAGGUCUUAAUAGGCGCAUUCAAGGAUUUGGUAACACAAACUUUGAGCUUCCAGCUGAGGAGAAAAGGUCAUUUAUUAGUGAAGUGGUAGGUCUUGGUAGUGCCACCAUCAAGCAUGGACUUAGCACCUUUGCUGCUGCCCAUUCAUCAAGGAAGGAUGACACUGGCAGUUAUAGGAGCCCAAACCUUCGAAGGUCUCUAACAACAGAAAUAGAUAGUCGUGAUGAUUAUCAAGGAAUUGAACAGCAGACAGAAAAUUGGAAUGCUUCUAGGGCGUCAGGAAGAAAUUCGGGGGCAUGGGGUUCUAAUUCAAGAUUAAAUGUUCCCACUGCUGCAGGAAGUGAGGACACAAGUUCAAGUAAUGGCGGGGUUAAGAAUCGUGAAGAAAGGCUUUUGGAAACAAUUGUCACCUCUGGCGGUGUUCGUCUGCAACCAACUCGUGAUGCUCUGCAGGUUUUUCUUACAGAGGCUGCAAAAUUAGAUGGAUUGGCUAUGAGUCAUGCCUUAGAGAUGAAGCUCAAUUCUCAUAUAUGGCAGGUUCGAAUGAAGGCUAUUUGUGUCUUAGAAUCAAUUUUGAGGAAAGCAGAUGAUGAACAAUUCAUUAUUAUAGUUUCUUAUUUUACUGAGAACAAGGAGUCUGUGAUCAAGUGUACAGAGUUACCACAAGCUUCUUUGAGGGAGAAGGCCAUCAAGGUCUUAAAUCUCCUUGGCGAUGAGCUAACUUCUGGAGCAAGAGAGGAACUGCCUGAGCAAAAAUCAGCACAUGUCCCUGUUGUUCAUAUCCCCGACUUAAUUGAUACAGGUGACCUUGAUGAUUAUGGAAGUCAAGAUACCAUGGAGAAACAUAAUGAAAAAAGCACACUUACAAAUUCGAUGGGCCCAUUGGGUGAUGAUUUGUUUGGGAUUGAUCCUGUUGUGAACGUAAGCACUGCUGGCAGUAGUAAUCAAGAUGAUCCAUUUUCUGAUGUUUCUUUUCAUGUGACUGAGGACAAAGAGCAGAAUGAUCUUUUCUCAGGAUUGACAAUAGAUAAUCAGAAGCCAGAUGUUGCUCCUGAAGGUAAGGAACCUGACCCCUUUGAUGUUUUUGGUUCAACAUCGGUGCAUUUUCAAGAGAAAGCAAGCAAGGACACAGGGAAUCUACAUGAUUUGAUGGAUGGUCUAACCAUUCAAGAAAGCAAACAACAUGGUGUAGUAAAUGCUUCUGAAAGUACUUUCUCAGGGCUUGAUUUCUUGAACCAUAAUGGCCAACCAAGCCCAGUUUCCGUAGAUGCUGCCAUGAAGGAAACUUUGGGUUUAAAUGCUGUUUAUUCUCAGGCUUCUAUGCAGUUUGGCAUGCCUUCAAACGUUAUGUUCAAUCAAGGUUUUGUUCCCCAGCCGAUGGAUUACAAUGCAAUGAAUGCAAUUAUAGCUCAGCAGCAAUUUUUAUUACAAAACCUAGGACAUCUGAACCCUGGUUUUAGUCAUAAUACUAGGGCUGCUGUCAUGGAAGGCAAUCCUAUGCCACUUCCUGAUAUCUUUCAACAUACAAAUAAUCCAGUGCUAAACAAUGCUUCGAUGUUGAAAAGCCCAAAGGAAGACACGAGAGCUUUUGAUUUUGUUUCGGAUCACCUGGCGGCCGCCCGAGGUUCCAAGAGGCGUACUUGAAGCUGUAGUGAGGUUGGAGCUGGAGAGCCAUGGAUACUUCUCGAUCAGCACUGGUUUUGUGUUCCGAUGCAGUGUCAUUUCAUUUCUUCUAGUAAUAAUUUCGUGCCUCAAACUGUUGCCAAUGUUGCAAUGUGUGACUGAAUAGUCAGAGCGGUUGUUAGGGUUUCCUAGGGUUGUGAGUGGAUUUCGAAUUUCAAUAUGUUAAAUGUUUAUUCUCUCCUUCCAAUAAUUGUGUUUGGGGCUCUCA